GCGCAGAGAUACAGCUGCAUCUUCACAUGCAGUUACAGCAAAACUCAAUGAUUAACAGACAAGUAUAGCACUGAACCCCUGCCUGCAGCCGUUCUGCACGGCAAAAACCUUAGAUGAUUCAUACAAAACACCUGACAGAUGAUUCGCUCUUUUUAUUUUAAAUAUCUUACAGCUUAGUAAGAUUUCCACCAUGGUGCUCGGAAAGGUGAAAAACUUCUUUGUCAGCUACGACUGUCCCAAUGACAGCAAUGUCCCUGUCUUCGCCAGUGGGGACUUUGUCUCAGGUCGGGUGGUCAUUGAAGUGACCGGAGAAAUCCGCGUGAGAUCUCUGAACAUUCACGCCAAGGGACUGGCGAAAGUUCGCUGGACUGAAUCACGUAAUGCUGGGUCCAACACUGCCUACACACAGAAUUUCACGGAAGAAGUGGAGUAUUUAAACCACAGAGACGUCCUUAUUGGACAUGAUCGAGGGUUUCUUGAGGAAUAUUACAGGUAUGGUAUAUUGGUAUAUCGAAUUUUAUUCUGCUUUGUUUUAGAUGAUGACAGCUGCGACGAGGGCUUCACCAUUCUUCACUCAGGGCGACAUGAGUUUCCCUUCAGCUUCGAACUGCCCCAGACGCCUUUGGCGACAUCCUUUGAAGGCAAACACGGCAGCGUGCGGUACUGGGUGAAGGCAGAGCUUCAUAGGCCAUGGCUCCUGCCCAUGAAAACCAAGAAGGAGUUCACCGUCUUUGAGCACAUUGACAUCAACACUCCAUUGUUACUGUCUCCUCAGGCUGGCACAAAGGACAAAACCCUUUGCUGUUGGUUCUGCACAUCAGGGCCUGUAUCACUAAGUGCCAAAAUCGAGAGGAAGGGCUACACUCCAGGAGAGUCUAUCCAGAUCUUCGCAGAGAUUGAAAACUGCUCUUCCCGUGUGGUCGUGCCAAAGGCAGCCAUCUACCAAACCCAAACCUUCUUUGCCAAAGGGAAGGUCAAGGAGAUCAAACAGCUCGUAGCUAACCUCCGAGGAGAUCCUCUACCCUCUGGCAAGACCGAGACUUGGGACGGCAAGAUGCUGAAGAUCCCACCCAUAUCGCCUUCCAUUCUGGACUGCAGCAUCAUCCAUGUGGAAUAUUCACUCAUGGUGUAUGUGGACAUCCCUCGAGCUGUCAACUUGACCCUGAAUCUGCCCCUGGUGAUUGGCACCAUUCCUCUCCACUCCUUUGGCAGUCGCACCUCUUCCGUCAGCAGUCAGUGCAGCAUGGCUAUGAGCUGGUUGGGAUUGCCUGAGAGACCUGAAGCUCCACCAAGCUACUCUGAAAUCGUCACAGAUGAGGAGCGACAGAACAACUUGGAGCUCCCAGCUGUGAGAGAUGAGAUUGAAGGACCACUUUAUGCUUACAUCCAUGAGUUCCGCUUCCAGCCUCCGCCCCUGUAUUCUGAGGUUGAUCCCCAUCCUGAGCAGGUGUGCGACUCCUUGGACAGGAGACCAGAUACCUGUCCAUCCCGCUGAAGGAGUGACCACACCUGACCAGUGCUGUCAGGGAUCUCUUAUCUCUACAACCUCAACUGGGGUUUGUUCUUCCUCCGUGAGGAGGCACGAGCGUCCAUCUUGGUGACGCAGAUGGAUAUCCACCAGGAACCACUCCCAAUCCAGGUCGAGUCCAGCUCAGUGGCCCCUAAAAUCCACUGAAGAUCUCGAGUGAUUCCCUUCCCCCUCCAUCCUUGGUGAAAGGAGUACAGACCAGAUUUGUUGGAGUAAAACUGUGCCCUUGACACCAAAAUGGACUAAACGCAACACCACUAAGUGCGAGAAUGGUGUCCAAACAUCCAGCCUUAUUUUGGAUGUGAUUCUUCACUUAUUUGAAUGAUUACACUGAAUCAUCUUGAAGAUUUAUCGGUUAUCAUUGUACUAAGAGCAACAAAUAACUCCAACAAUCCUGCAUCCACUCCCAACAGAAUAACGACAGACUUUCUUUUUGUCAAUUGUUUGUCGUUUCUCAACUUAGAAGAAGUGGCUUUACCACAUUGAUUUUCUUGAAACGUUUUAAGAAUGUCGGAAACUGACCUGCACCAAGACCAAGACCUGCUGCAAAGCAUUAUGGGUAAGAUUCUGACAUGCCACGUUGCCUUUCUGCUAGAAAGAAACUGCGAGAGCAUCAACCUGAACAUGGCACUGAUUCAAGUGGCAAGAGAAAAGAGACCAUUGGCGGCAAAUGAAGAGGACACUCAUCGAGAUUCCUGAAGACAUUCCUGAAUCAGUCCUCCCACUCUCACUGUUACGAGAUACACAGAGAACCGCACUCCAAAACUCGUUUAGAACCUCUUACUAUAUGUACAACUAAGAGCUAACUAGACUCUUGACAUAUUCUUUUUUUUUUCGUACUCUUCUGACAGUGGCCUGUUGGCGUAGGCCGUUUUUUGUUUAACGACAAUUAGCACUUUUCAUCAAUUGCAUUCAAAGUGUAUACCGAAGCUUGGCUAAUAUAAUGCACAAGUUUGACAAACAUAUGCUCUGACAUUUACUUGUGAUUUUAGGAAUGUUUGUUUACAUAAAUGUGCUGUUAACAGACAAACUAGAGUCACUAGUUACACGUUUAGACUAAUGAAACCAUCUUUGUGGCCUUGGCACAAAAACCAUGUUUGUUUUUAAUCACCGUUUAUGGCUGAAUUUGUGCGCUGUGCUGAUAUUUACCUAUUAAAAAAAGGGACUAUGUACUUUUUGUGAACUGUAUGCAUCCUUACCUUGAUGUUUGUGUUGGGUCGUGGUGAAAAUUGUUGCCGUUUUGUUUUUGUUUUUUUCCCUAGUGUUUUACUUCAGAUACUACAAGAACAUUCUCAAACAUGCACUUACAGGGAAUCAAAGAACCCUCAUAGAGACUGAACAUGAAAUG